UUUUCGGAGAACUGCUUGCCUAGAUUGAGAUAAUAGAGUUUAAUAUUUGCUUUAAAUUUCAUGAAUAUUAUGUAAUUAUAUUCGCAGAUAAAUUAUUAUGCUUACAAAAGACCCAAAGAAAGUACCAACGUGGUUUAAGCGAGGAGCUAUAACAUUAUUCGUUGCCGAAACCUUUGGAUUCCUUUUUUGUUACACUUUGUGGAACAAAGUGAACACUGACAGAGAUUCCAGAAAAUACUUGAGAGAUAAUUACCCAUCAUUAUUGGAUUCAUAUUACAAAGUGGGUGAAUAUUUCGAUUCGAAAAACAACAUUCGGCAAAUCGACUCCGCCUACUGGAAUGCUGAGAAAUAGUAAUAAACUUGUUAAUGGAUCGUCUUAUUAAAUCGAUUUUUUGGCUUAUAAUUGGAACUGGUACAGGCUAUGGAUUGUAUGCAACACUCACACCCUCUGAAGAAAGAAUUGCUAAAUUAAGAAAG